AGGUGUUAUUGUUGUGGUAGCUGCUGGAAAUGAAAAUCAAGAUACUUGCAAUGUAUCUCCAGCCGCAGCUGAAGGAGCAAUAGCUGUUGGUGCUACUGAACUUUCAAAUGAUAAAAAAGCCGACUUUUCUAAUUUCGGAAAUUGCACAGAUAUAUUUGCAUCUGGAAGGGAUAUAAAAUCAGCUUCGUUUAAAUCUCCUUUUGGUUCUCAAACGGCAAGUGGAACAAGUUUUUCUGCUCCUCAUGUUGCCGGUGCCGUCGCUUGUAUCAUCGCCAAGGAAGAUUUAAAACCUGACGAAGCGGCUCAAAAACUUGACGAAAAUUCCACAAAAGGUGUUGUUUUAGGACUUGAUAAAGAUACUCCUAAUAAAUUUUUGUUUGUUAAAGGUUCAGGCCCAGAAAAACAAUAG